AUGAAACCAUCUAAAUUGCAAGAUCAUCUGAGAAGAUGCCACCCUGAUAAAACAGAGAAAGAUUUGAAAUACUUACAAACAGUCAAAGAUAAAUUUCAGAAGAGACCAACACUGGACAGAAUGUUCGCUUCGACGUCACAAAGAAAUGAUGAUGGUUUGCGGGCGUCUUACAAUAUCUCGUUACUUAUAGCAAAAUCCGGAAAACCGCAUACUAUCGGAGAGAAGUUAAUUUUGCCAGCCGUUGAAGAGGUUUUAAAAACUGUUUUACACAAACCUGCAUCUGAUAUCAUUAAAAGCAACAAUAUUGUUGAAAGACGUAUUGAUGAAAUGAGUUCUGAUAUUGAAAGCUUCUUAUGUAAUUACAUAUUUGCAAACGACCCAUUUCUCUAUACAACUGGACGAGUCAACUUUACCUGA